UCCAGAAUCAGCAUGUCUGGGGCCGAAGCAGCAGCCCUUGGCGGCCAGGACAGCCAUCCUCCCACUGCCGGCAGCUCUGUGUUAUGCUUUGGACAGUACCAGUACACGGCGGAAGAGUACCAGGCCAUCCAGCGCGCGCUGCGGCAGAGGCUGGGCCCCGAGUACAUCAGCAGCCGCAUGGCUGGCGGCGGCCAGAAGGUCUGUUACAUUGAGGGUCACAGGGUAAUUAACCUGGCUAAUGAAAUGUUUGGUUAUAACGGCUGGGCCCACUCAGUCACCCAGCAGAAUGUGGAUUUUGUUGACCUUAACAAUGGCAAGUUCUACGUGGGAGUCUGUGCAUUUGUGAGAGUCCAGUUGAAGGAUGGUUCCUAUCACGAAGAUGUGGGCUAUGGUGUUAGUGAGGGGCUCAAGUCAAAAGCUAUGGCUUUGGAGAAGGCCAGGAAAGAGGCCGUGACAGACGGGCUGAAGCGAGCACUGAGGAGUUUUGGGAAUGCACUUGGAAAUUGUAUUCUGGACAAAGACUAUCUGAGGGCACUAAAUAAGCUUCCACGCCAGUUGCCUCUCGAGGUAGAUUUAACUGAAGCAAAGAGACAAGAUUUUGAACCAUCGGUGGAGAAAGCGAGAUAUAGCAGCUGCAGACAGAACACGGCUCUGGGACUCUCAAAACCACAGUGCGUGAGCUCCCCUGAGAGACCAAGUCACUCAGACGGUCUCACUGUGAAACAGGAGGAUAAGGACAGCAGCUCCAGAUGCUUGAGCUCUGCUGUCGAGAGCAAAGCCACCUACCAGCGGAAGCUCCGGCAAAAACAGUUGCAGCAGCAGUUCCGGGAGCAAAUGGACAAACAGCAGCAAGUCCAGCCACCUGCGCCAUCAGUGGAAAAGAAAGAAUCGUUGCCUGCACCUCCAGUGAAGCACAGCACUCCUGUCAUUGCUGCUUUAGAACCACCCACAGGGAAAGACUUGGAAGACACUCUUGAAAUGUGGGAUAUGACUCCAAACACGUGGGACAGUAUUGCCAAGACUUUAUCUAGUCCAGAACCACCUGAGACUCCUGCUGUACCAGUACUGAAGAAUGAGACGGCGACCCACAAUAGCAUUAGCCACCAGAAUCCACAAGCAAAAUCUGAACCCUGGUACCCACCAAAUCACAACCAACCUGUAACAGGGAACUAUGAUUCCUAUAAGAAAGACCAGGAUAUGAAGAGAAGGAAAUUGGAUCCAUCGUAAUCAAGCUACACCACCAGACCACCACAAAAGGGCUUUACAAAUUUUGUUCAUCAUUCCUAGGGAAUGAAGUCUAUUUCCAAGGUUUUAUCAUGCUUCAUCCCGAACUUUGAGGAUUGGACUGCUGGGUUCUAUUACAGAUAGAGUUAUGCAGUUGAAGAACAUGGGACUUCUAGUCACACAGUGGGGCAAUUCUGGGCGAGAUUAAUACUCUUACUCUUGAGGCCCUUUACUAAUUAUCUCUGCAUCAUUAUGUUAAAUAAAGAUAAAAAUUUUAGGAAUCAUCAUUGGUUACAAACCCUUAACACAAUGUCAUACCGCUAAGUAUCAGUUUCAAUAGUGACUCAAAAUAAAAUUGCCACCACUGCCGUCUCUUUUAUUUUAGGGCUCCAUGUUUGUUUUUGUUUUGGGGACAUACCCAGU